AUGGAGCAGAGUCCGUCGCCGUCACGUCUCUCCUUCCUCCUCCUCCUCCUUCUCCUCCCUCUCUCUUUCGCCGUAGAAGUCCCUUCGCCACCGUCAUCCGGCAAGGGCAACGCCCCCGUCAAUGGCGGCAGAGUCUGCGAGAACUUCACCGUCCCUAUAGUCGGCGGCAUCAGCCUUUGCAUCACCCCGAAAUCUCGGCCCCCUCCGCCCACUCUUUCUUCAUAUUUCGAGAGGCGCUCGGUGCGGGAAUUCCUUCUGGCCCACAAUCGGGUGCGGGGGGCGCUGAGGGAGAAGCCGCUGCAGUGGGACCGGAAUCUGGCCCGGUUCGCGCGGCGGUGGGCGAACCAGCGGCGACGCAACUGCGACAUGGUGCACUCCAUGGGCCCCUACGGGGAGAACCUGUUCUGGGGUGGCGCGGGGGCGGAUUGGACGGCGGUGCAGGCGGUGGAGGAGUGGGCGAAGGAGGCGGAGGACUACGACCGCGACAGCAACGAAUGCGCGCCGGGGAAGAUGUGCGGUCACUUCACGCAGCUGGUGUGGAAUGAGACCGACAAGGUCGGGUGCGCCCUCGUCAACUGCAUCAAAGGAGGCGUCAUCAUCACCUGCAACUACGACCCGCCGGGAAACUACGUCGGCGAGAGCCCUUUCCAAUAA